AUGGUUGGACUCGCUUCGGCCGCUGGCCUCGUCGGCUUUCUCUCAGAGCCGGAUCCUGAGUUGAGAGUCUUUGCUCUGAAGACGCUGGACUCACAAAUCGACCUGCUCUGGACGGAAGUCGUGGAUGCUGUUCCUCAAAUAGAAGCUCUUUACGAAGAUGAAUCGUUCCCCGAGCGCGAGCUCGCCGCCCUGGUCGCCGCAAAGGUGUACUACCACCUUCAAGAAUACAAUGAGAGUAUGGUAUUUGCUCUGGGAGCUGGGAAGCUCUUCCAGUUGGAUAGCGGUGGCGAGUUUGAGGAAACCAUUAUCGCGAAAUGCGUCGAUACCUUCGUCUCGCUCUCGGCGGCACAGCGGCCCGUCGCGGGUGACCACCAAGCCAAUCUGAACACCUCUUUCCCCACCUCUGGCGAAGGCGCCACAAGUACUUCUGCCAGUUUGACAUCCCCGAUCACACCUUUCUCGCAAUCAGCCUUGCCAUCCAAGUCGCUCUUGUCUAGGCAAGAGGUGCCCGGAGUGGAUGCUGCUUACCCAGGGGGUGAAGAUGCGGGUGUGAACCAUGCCGAAGAAACCCCUCUAGUCCUGAAGCGUGGUGUUCAGGGCCACCUUCAAACCGUUAUCGAUCGUCUGUUCGAGCAGUGCUUCGUCCAGAAGCGCUACCGUCAAGUCAUUGGAAUCGCUAUUGAAGCAAAGAACCUCGAUGUGCUUAGAAAGACGAUCCUCCGGGCCAGCGAGGAUGAGAAGAAACAGAACGGAGAGUCGCGACGCAGUGAGGAACUCAUGGAGUACGUGCUCGAUAUCUGCAUGGGAAUCGUGCAGGAACGCGGUUUCCGCAACGAGAUCCUCAAACUCAUCCUCGAACUCCUCAACGAGAUCCCGGCCCCCGAUUACUUCUCCAUCGCCAAGUGUGUUGUAUAUCUCAACGAACAUUCCAUGGCGUCGGUCAUCCUCCGUCAACUAGUUGAGAAGGGAGACGCUCGUUCGCUCGCUGUCGCCUACCAAAUCUCUUUCGAUCUCUACGAUAACAGUACGCAAGAAUUCCUGCAGAAGGUUCGCCAGGAAAUUUCGGAGCUCGUGCCGGAGAAUGAUGAGUCCGAACAGGAGGCAGCAGGUGGGGACCAAGAAGAGUCGAAGGAAUCCGAUCCUUUGCUGGACAGCCAGUCUAGGUCUAUUGGGGAUUCGCGCACGAAGAUCUCACCCGAAGCACGCACGGCCUUCAAGAGCAUUCGUGAUAUUCUCGAUGGCGUCAAGACCAACCAGUUGAACGUGGAAUUCUUAUUCCGCAACAACAAGGCCGAUAUUGCCAUCAUGAACAAGCUCCGCGAUAGCCUAGAAGCUCGUAACUCUAUCUUCCACUCUGCGGUUUCGCUUUCGAAUGGUUUCAUGCAUGCCGGUACAGCGCACGACAAGUUCUUCCGGGAUAACCUUGACUGGUUGAGCAAGGCUGUCAACUGGUCCAAGUUCACGGCUACAGCUGCUCUUGGUGUUAUCCACAGGGGCAAUUUGAGCCAAGGACAAAAGCUCCUGCAGCCUUACCUGCCCAAGGAACGCUCUAUCACCAAUGUGGCAGCGGGCGGACACAGCGGAGCCAGCUCGAUUUACAGUCAGGGAGGAUCUUUGUACGCUUAUGGUCUGAUCUUCGCCAAUCAUGGUGGUAUGGCCGUUCCUGUGAUCCGGGAUUACUUCAAGAAGGCUACAGAUGAGGUCAUCCAGCAUGGUGGAGCUCUGGGUCUUGGUGUUGCAGGCAUGGCUAGUGGCGAUGAGGGGCUUUAUGAGGACCUUCGCAAUGUGUUGUACACCGACUCGGCUAUCAACGGUGAGGCUGUCGGUCUUGCCAUGGGUCUUAUCAUGUUGGGUACAGGUAAUAUGAAGGUCCUCGAGGAUAUGAUUCAGUAUGCCCAUGACACUCAACACGAGAAGAUCGUUCGGGGUUUGGCUAUGGGCAUGGCCUUGAUCAUGUACGGUCGUCAGGAAGCUGCUGAUGAGCUGAUUAACGGCCUUCUGGGCGACCCUGAUCCUGCUCUCCGCUACGGUGGUAUCAUGACUAUCGCCCUUGCCUACUGUGGUAGCAGCAGCAACAAGGCUGUGCGUAAGCUCCUUCAUGUUGCUGUCAGCGAUGUGAACGAUGAUGUUCGACGAAUUGCUGUUCUGAGCUUGGGAUUCAUUCUGUUCAGGAAGCAUCAGAGUGUACCUCGUAUGGUUGAGCUACUGUCUGAGUCUUACAACCCUCAUGUUCGUUAUGGUGCGGCAAUGGCACUGGGUAUCUCUUGCGCCGGAACUGGUCUGGAUGAGGCCAUUGACCUGCUCGAGCCGAUGCUCAAGGAUUCAACGGACUUCGUGAGACAGGGAGCGCUGAUCUCGUUGGCCAUGGUCCUUGUGCAACAGAACGAGGCCAUGAACCCCCGUGUCAGCUCUCUCCGCAAGGUCAUGAUGAAGAUGAUUGGCGAUAGACACGAGGAUGCAAUGGCCAAGUUCGGCUGCGCUGUUGCCCUUGGUAUCAUCGACGCCGGUGGUCGUAACUGCACCAUCAGCCUCCAGACGCAAACCGGCAACCUGAACAUGCCCGGUAUCGUUGGCGCUGCCGUCUUCGUCCAGUACUGGUACUGGUUCCCUCUCACCCACUUCCUGUCCCUUAGUUUCGCCCCGACCUCCGUCAUUGGUGUCGACCAGAAGCUCGAGGUGCCCUACUUCAAAUUCCACAGCAACACGCGACCCAGCCUCUUUGACUACCCCCCGGAGCAACAGGUUAAAGCCGAAGAGGCGCCCGAGAAGGUCAAGACAGCCGUCCUUUCGACCACCGCCCAGGCCAAGCGCCGUGCACAGCGUCGGGAGAAGCAGCAAAGGCGCGAGAGCAUGGACAUUGAUCAGACCCCUACGACUCCCAAGGUGUCGGACCAGGCUGACAAGAUGGAUACGGAUGAGACAGCAGUGAAGACGGAAGAAGAGAACAAGGAGGGUGAGAAGGAGGCUGGUGAGGGGCAGAAGAAGAAGGUUGAGCGUGAGAAGGUCGGAUAUGAGCUCGAAAACAUGUCUCGGGUUCUUCCCGCCCAGCUCAAGUACCUCACAUUCCCUGACCCCCGGUAUGAGCCGGUCAAGCGGCCUACCGGUGGAGUUGUGGUCGUACUUGACAAGACCCCCGAGGAGCCCCGCGAGACGAUCGAGAUGACGGCCAGCAAGGAGACCAGCAGGGAGGCUAGACAGCCUGCACCCGCCGCGGAUGUCGCGGAGUCCCUGCAGGACCGACUACAGGCCACCAUGGGAGCCGCUGGUCUGCAGACACCUCAGCGUGGAGCUGGGCGCUUCCCCUUUGGUGCGGAUCUGGGCCCGUUUGCGGGCGCUGCCGCUGCUGCCGGUGUACUGACGGCUGUGGAUGAGGACGAGGAAGGCGGCGAGGAGGCGCCGGUGCCGAAUGAGUUUGAAUAUGAAACCGAGCCAGAAGACGAGUAG